AUGAUCAUCGCCGCCAAGACCAGCAGGGAGAUUCAAGAGGUCAAGACAGCACUCAAGAGCUCAUUUCGAAUGAAGGAGCUAGGCAAGGCUAAAUUUGUACUUGGCGUGGAGAUUGAUCAUGACCACAACUGCAGUAAGCUGAUGAUUCGACAGACUCGAUACAUCGAUGAUGUGGCCAGCCGUUUUAAUCAAGAGGACGCAAAGGCAGUGGUCAACCCAUGCGAGUCCGGCCUGAAGCUGUCAAAGAAGCAAUCCUUAACGACGGAUGUCGAUAGAGCAGAAAUGCAGUCAAAGCCGUACAGGUCGCUGAUCGGAUGUUUGCUAUACAUCACGACAUGUACGCGCCCAGAUGUGAUGUAUGUCAUCACGCAGUUAUCAAGGUUUUUGGAGAAUCCAGGUCAGCAACAUUGGAAGGCAGCCAUUCGUGUUCUUCGGUAUCUCAAGACGACAAGAGACUACGGGAUAAUCUACGACGGCAGCGCUAGCGAAGUAACAGCUAAAGCGUAUACGGACGCGGACUGGGGUAGAAACAUCGAUGAUCGACGCUCCGUGUCAGGGAUAAUGGUGAUUAUCGGUGGCGCACCAGCCAUAUACAAGUCCAAGUAUCAACGCACGGUGGCGCACCAGCCAUAUACAAGUCCAAGUAUCAACGCACGGUGGCUAUAA